AACCCUUAAAUUAAUUUAAAGACUAUUAUUUAAUUUUCUCAAAAUAAAAACAUUUCUCUCACUUGAUAUACUCCUAUAUGUAUAUAUGGUAAGACAACAAAGAAGGCUGUAAUGAGCUAAAAAUGCACGACUAAACAACACAUAAUUAAACCGAGCCAUUUCUAUAUAUGCAUACAUUACAAUACCGGCUUCGCGUUUUAAACCAAAAGAGAGCAGCAACCACAAAAACAACCAAGCUAGCCAUUGAACUGAAAUAACAUAUAUCAUAAAAAAAACCAUUUUGUUCAUCUUCUGAUUGAUUAAUUUUGAUAAUUAAUUUGUGUGAGGUUCCUCGGUCGUGGGCCGCCAUGGGUAGAGGUGACAUUGAGGCGGGGCUUCCCCAUGCAGAAGGUGGCGACGCCCUCUAUCCAUAUAUGAUAGAGUCACCUCAGCUCCGUUGGGGAUUCAUACGCAAAGUUUAUGUCAUUAUUUCUCUUCAGCUGCUUUUCACAGCUGCAUUUUCUUCCCUCUUCAUCUUCUUCACACCCGCAAGGAAUUUUGCUCGCUACAAUCAAUAUCGCAUCUGGGUAUUCAUUGGAGCUGCCAUUUUGUCUUUCAUACUUUUGUUUGUGUUGAGCAAAUAUUACAAGAAACACCCGGUGAAUCUCCUUCUUCUUGGUCUCUAUACCCUUUGCAUGUCUGUUACAGUUGGAUUUGCUUGUUCUUUUGUGGAUGCAACGAUCGUCCUAGAGGCUGCAUUUCUGACUGGUGUGGUGACUGCUAGCUUGACGUUCUACACAUUUUGGGCCGUUAAAAGAGGCAGUGAUUUCAGUUUCCUAGGCCCAUUCCUCUUUGCUUCCCUUAUGGUCAUGUUAUUGUUCGCACUCAUUCAAGUGUUUUACCCUCUAGGACCAAUCGGGCGUAUGGUGAUUGCUUGCAUUGGUGCAAUAGUAAUGUGUGGUUUCAUCGUAUAUGACACUGAUGACCUAAUCAAAAGAUACACCUACGAUGAUUACAUUUGGGCUGCUAUUGCCAUCUAUGGCGAUAUCAUCAACCUCUUCAUCUAUCUGCUUACAAUUUUGAAUGACCUUUUUUAAGUUUUAAGGUUUUAGCUAGGUUGUGUCUUAACUAGGAAUACCAUCUUCACAAUCUUUAUAUGAUAUGGGGCUGCACAAAGGCCUAAUCGUAAAAUUAUUAUUACUGCUGUGUCUUUAUUAAUUAUACAGCAUGCAUUAACAAUUAUCUU